CAAUUUUAGACGUGUGUAAGAAAAAAUUUCUUCUCUCACGUCGUGUGUGAACGAAUUGUUUUAAUCGUUUCGAACACUGAUAAAUAUAAAGAAAUUUGCAUUUGUCGCAUAUAUAUUAAAUUGUUAUAUUCGUUAUAACACGCCUUCCAAAUUUGUGAUUUAUGUGGUGGUUCCAUUGUUAAGAUAUUCAAUAUGGAUACAAAAACUUUACCUAGUCUGUUGAGUCUAAAAGUAACUCCUCCAUCAGAGUUACAAAAUCAAAAUGUCGACAAUGGAGUUGGAGAAGGAGACAGUAGUUCGGUCAAGCUUCCUGCUGCAUUGGAACAAGCCUUAGCGUUCAAAACAGAGAGAGCUAAGGAAGUAGGUGGUGACCCCAAUGAUGUUGUACUUGCGAAUAAAUCACCAAAAGAUGAUGGCGAAGAUGUUUCUCAUAUAGAAGAUGUUAUAACAGAGAUAGAGCCAUCCACAGAGAAGACAGAUGGCAAAUUGAGUAAAACAAAGAAAAAGAAAAAGUCAAAGAGGAAGAGGCAUAACUUGGAGAAGAAAGACAUAGAUCAGAAAAAGGAUAGUACAGAGGAAACAAAGAACAAGGAGGAUAUGCCUGAAAUAGAGUACAUACAAGAGAUACCAAGCAUCAAUGACUUAGAACCAAUGUAUCGUCAAUUCGCUCGAGUUUUUGAGGCUUUCAAACUAGUGGAGCCUGAACCGAGUCCAAACGACGCGGCCGACAAGGGUGAACCAAUCGGACAAUAUCCACCAGUGACCAGUAUACAGACCACCGGCAAUGUACCGAACAAAGUGCCGUUAUUGGACGAUUUCGACGAUGAGACGAAUCAGCAACAGCAGCAACAAGGCACAGGUGAGAAUGGUGCACCGCGUUUAUCCAAGCGAAAGCUGAAGAGGCUUACGCGGUUGAGCGUGGCGGAACUGAAGCAACUAGUAGGUCGUCCUGAUGUCGUGGAGAUGCAUGAUGUCACCGCACGAGACCCAAAGCUGCUCGUGCAAUUGAAAGCGCAUCGAAAUACGGUACCGGUACCACGACACUGGUGCUUCAAACGUAAAUACCUGCAGGGCAAACGUGGUAUCGAGAAGCCACCGUUCGACUUGCCCGAUUUCAUCAAACGCACCGGCAUCACAGAAAUGCGUGCUAGCCUACAGGAACGCGACGACACGCGAACACUGAAGGCGAAGAUGCGGGAACGAGCGAGACCGAAACUAGGCAAAAUCGACAUCGACUACCAGAAGUUGCACGACGCGUUCUUCAAAUGGCAAACGAAGCCGCGCAUGACAAUCCACGGCGAUCUCUACUACGAGGGCAAAGAGUUUGAAACACGUCUGAAAGAAAAGAAGCCGGGCGAGCUGUCGGACGAACUACGCACGGCGCUGGGUAUGCCAGUGGGCCCGAACUGUCAGAAAGUACCGCCACCGUGGCUGAUCGCGAUGCAACGAUAUGGCCCGCCGCCGAGUUACCCAAACCUCAAGAUACCCGGUUUGAACGCACCUAUUCCAGAAGGUUGCGCAUUCGGUUAUCACGCAGGAGGUUGGGGCAAACCACCAGUGGACGAGACCGGACGACCACUCUAUGGUGACGUGUUUGGCAUCUCACGAACGUCCGGCGCAGAUGCCAUGGACGAAGAGGUAGACCGCGGCAUGUGGGGUGAACCUGAGUCGGAAUCGUCCGGUGACGAAGACGAUGACGAAGAUGGCGAGGAGGGCGGUGAGGCUGGUGAGAACGAUGGCAAGGACGCGGACGGCGACGCGAGCGGUCUGGUUACACCAGGUGCCGAGGGUCUGAUCACACCCAGCGGAAUCACGUCGAUUCCGGCGGGCUUAGAGACACCGGAGACGAUCGAGCUGAGGAAGAAGAAGAUAGAGAGCGAGAUGGAGGGUGGUGAUACACCCGCGUUGUACACAGUAUUGCAAGAACGUAGAACGGAAGGUCUUGGUGCCAGUAUGAUGGGCAGCACACAUGUAUAUGAUAUGACAGGUGCAGCAGGUGGUCAGGCGCCACCUUCUGUCAUAGCUGCUCGUCGCGGCGGUGCGAUCAGCGCUGGUGGUCCUAGCGAUGCUGCCAGAGCGGAGAAGGAUGGCGCGGUAGAAUUGACAUUGGAUCCCAGUGAAUUGGAUCUUGACUCAGAAGCCAUGGCAUCCAGGUACGAAGAAACGAUGAGGUCGAGACAGGCGCAUUUAAGAAGAGAGGACCUAUCAGACAUGCUUCAAGAUCACGUACAACGACAAAAGAGCAAACGCAAACGUCAGCAAAUCCAGGACACAAAGACGUCUAAGAAAUAUAAAGAAUUUAAGUUUUAGAUGUCAUGUCACCUCCAAUUAUGUACUAUAGUGUAGUAAGUAAAUUGCUUUUGACAUAACGUACAGUUAUACGAUACUUUACAAAUCUUAUAA